AUGUACACGAUCGCUGUGGUAGGGCUUGGAGGGAGCGGUUGUGAGGUGAUUCGAAGCUUGAUGCAUGCGUUUAACACAGCGAGCAUUUCUAGUGACCAAGUAAAGUUACUGAUAGUAGAUAGGGACACAAUUUCUGAAACAAAUCUUGGCAAGCAAGCCCUCUAUAAUGGAGAAUCCGUCGGGGAGUUCAAGUCGUCUGUGGCUUGUGCGUUCAUUGAGGGCCAAGGUUACCGGGCAGAAGCGUAUUCCACAGAUGCUGCUCGGCCUGCGUUCGUGACCAAGCUCGCUACCGCUGCUAUGACGUUUCUGUGUGUCGACAAUGUGGAGGCACGUAGGAAGAUUAUCCCUGCACUAUUGCUAGCGCAGAAAACAGUAAUAGACGUGGGAUCAGAAGGUCUGGCGGGAAGUAUAAGGCUCUACUCCAGCCAGUACCCAUGUUUCUAUUGUACGUCAUGGAUGUACCCGAAGAGAAAGCGCCCUCUAUGCAGUGUCCCAGGAAUCCCUAGGACCGCAGAAGACUGCAUUCUCAUCGCUGCAUAUGCACUCUCAGAGUCCAAUGGUAAUGAUCCACAAUCCGAAGAAUCAUACGAGGCUGCUGUGCUUUCAAGGGCCAAUGAGCUGGGUGAAAUACACAAUCUUGGCCUGCAAAUAGCGCCAGGAGACGUUACCAAUGCCUUGCAGCAGGUCGUUUCAACCCCGUUUCACAUCAGUGGUUUGGUGGCCUCCUACGCCGUUUCCCUCUGGUGUAAGUAUUUCAUGGGUUCACUGGACCGGAGGACCAGCGGCACUGGUGGCUUGCCGAGGAACGCCUGGCCACAGGAGUGCCUAUGGAUGAUCUCCACCUACAAUGGACUUUAUAUCCGUGCUUUCACCCUAGAGCGCCAGAAAGAUUGCAGCUGUACCUUUUCAUUGCCUAGCUCCAGUCCAGAUAGGUCAUACAGUAGUGUAGUCUCCGAAUACAUCAACGCCCCAGACUUUACCAUUGUUGCAGACCAGAGAAUAGUUUACUCUCGCUUACUUCUACCAGGGCCUGCCGCUGCGAUGCCGCUCGAGAAAGAUCUUGAGGGCGCUAUCUUUGUUUAUGCCAAUGAAAAGCUUGUCUAUGCAGAGUGGCUAGACUAUAAACUGCCUCUGUCGGUAUAG